AUGUCAGAAAUAAGCGGUAAAGCGGUACUUCUGAUAGAAGUUAUUGAAUCGGAAGCAGAGCAACGAUCCUCCAACGAUAGUGCAACAACACCAACUGCUGACAGAAGAGCAUCCGCACUGCACUCACCAUCCAUACAACGAAAGUUCUCGUUCAAAUGCGAUAAAAGUAUAUUGCGGAAGUUGUGUGAUAAAGCCAGAAAAAGCGGUGCACAACGAGUGAGUUAG